CAUAAAUAUUUUCUUUCCCAUUCACUUUGGGGGGAGUCUGCGACCUGGCAGCUCUGCAUACUCUCUUCUCCUUCCUCUCUGCAACCCUCCAUUCCAUUCCCUCUCCUCUUUCUCUCUCUAAACUCUUCCUAAAUUCUGUCCCACCAUUUUCCCAAUCCAAUUUCCCCCUGAUUAGCCUUCCCUUUCUGGGCCUUGUAGCUGCGGGGGAUUGAAAGAUUGAUCCCAACAUUGUAACCCCAAUGCCUAAUUCUCCUCUCCCCCAUUCCUCCUCAAUGAUUAAUUCGAUUGAUUGAUGCAAAAUCUCAAUCGCGUUCUCUGUUCCCCGCAUCCCCCAAAUCCGAAUCCGGUGGAAGAAGGAAACCCAUCUGGCGGAUUGAAAAGAAAUUCCCAAAUCCAUACAAGCUGAGGCGAAUCGGGAGCAAUCAUUUGGGAAUGACGAUGAAAGGGAACCAGAAAGAUCCGGAGAAGAUCAUCUGGGAUCAGAUGCGGAACCCAAACUCCAUCGCCGCUCCCGGUUCCCCAGCUCGGAUCCUCCCCAAGCUCAUGGUAUGGCUUCUCCUCUUCGUCACCGUCACCUACGUUUUCUACACCCUCAAGCUCCUCUCCACUUCCCAAGCCUGCGACGACGACCCCUUCUCCCACCACCACCGCCUCUCCCACGUUUCCCUCAGCGGCAACCACUCCUCCUCCGACGAUGCGGGCACGGGAAUCGCUCUCCCGCGGCGGGAGAUCGAGGAGGUGCCGGAGAAGCAGGGGACGGGUCUUCAGCACGUGGUGUUCGGCAUCGCGGCGUCGGCGAAGCUCUGGGAGAAGAGGAAGGAGUACAUCAAGAUUUGGUACAAGGCCGACAGAAUGAGAGGGGUCGUUUGGCUGGACGAGGAGGUGAAAACCAAGGAGGAGGACGAAGGGGUCCUGCCGCCGAUCAAAAUCUCCGGGGACACCUCGAAGUUCGUGUACAGGAACAAGCAGGGCCACCGGUCCGCGAUUCGGAUCUCGCGGAUCGUCUCCGAGACGCUCCGCCUCGGGAUGGAGGACGUGCGGUGGUUCGUGAUGGGCGACGACGACACCGUUUUCGUCACCGAGAACCUGAUCCGGAUCUUGCGCAAGUACGACCACACCCAGUACUACUACAUCGGCAGCUUAUCGGAAUCCCACCUGCAGAACAUCUAUUUCUCCUACGGGAUGGCCUACGGCGGCGGCGGGUUCGCCAUCAGCUACCCGCUCGCCAAAGCCCUCGAGAAGAUUCAGGACCGGUGUAUUCAAAGGUACCCGGGAUUGUACGGCUCCGACGACAGAAUGCAGGCAUGUAUGGCGGAGCUCGGCGUUCCCCUAACCAAAGAAGUCGGGUUCCACCAGUAUGAUGUGUACGGCAAUCUGUUCGGCCUCUUAGCAUCACACCCGGUGGCGCCGUUAGUCUCACUGCACCACCUCGACGUGGUGGAGCCAAUCUUCCCGAACGUGACGCGUGUUGAGGCCCUACAGCGCCUUGCGGUGCCGAUGAAGAUGGACUCGGCAGGGCUGAUUCAGCAGUCUAUCUGCUACGACAAGUCACGGAGCUGGACUGUCUCGGUGUCCUGGGGUUUCGCGGUGCAAAUCUUCAGGGGAGUUUUCUCCCCACGAGAGGUCGAAAUGCCUUCCAGAACGUUCCUCAAUUGGUACAAGAGGGCCGACUACACGGCCUACGCGUUCAACACCCGCCCCGUCGCCAGGAACCCUUGCCAGAAGCCGUUCGUGUUUUACCUCUCCAAGGCAAGGUCGAUGACCUCGCUGAACACGACGGUGAGCGAGUAUAUACGGCAUCGUGUCCCCCACCCUAAUUGCAAGUGGAAGAUGGCUGAUCCAAGCAGUAUAAACAUGGCGGUGGUGUACAAGAGGCCCGAUCCUCAGUUGUGGAGCAGGUCUCCAAGAAGGAACUGUUGCAGGGUAAUGAGCACAAAGAAGAAAGGAACGAUUACUAUCGACGUCGGGAUGUGUAGGGAUGGUGAGAUCAGUGAGAUAUAGCAGAAGUACUCGUGACUGGGUUUGAACUGAACUCCUGGGGAAGAAGCUGCUGCCUGCCACUCUUCCUUCUCCUAGUAUGAUGUUUCUUAUUCGUCCAUUGAAAGUUCAGUGUUAGUUCAUUAAUUUAUUGAUGAGGGCGCCCAUAAUUUUUGUAAUUGUCGAUCCAAGGUAGGCUACUCAGUGCUCAAUUUAGAGACUAGAGAGAAGAAAAAUGGCCAAAAAAGGAAGUGUUGAUUAGAAGAAAUUGAUGUAUAAAGUCGUAGUUUUAUGUCUUAAUUCAUAAAAUUUUGUCAAUCCAGAAAAUGAGAUGGGUAAAAUGAAAAGGUAUCUUCUUCAGAUUGCACAUGUUUGAUUUCAGAUAUCUAAAUAUGAGUAUACAGGUAC